UGGAUUAAGCAUUCUCCUGGUGAAGAAAGUCUAAGAGGAAUCAUGAGGAGCACAUGUGUUGUCACUGUGCUCCUACUGAAAAUGCUACAGUGCCUGGCAUUAGAUGAAUCACCAUUUCAACUUACCAACGCAGCUGGGUUUUGCUUGGUUAAAACGGACUCCAUUUGCCAAGAACUACGCUGGACAACUGCUGACCGAUUGCUGGUGCCUGGCAAAAAUAAAUGUCUGGGAGCCCAGGGAAUAACUGUGAUGAGUGAAGUAAGCCUCUACGAUUGUGAUGAAACCAGUGAGCUCCAAAAAUGGAACUGUACGAAUGGAACCAUGCUCACCCUCCAAGCAAACACCGAACACAAGCUAUUUAUUGAGCUCCAAGCAGAUAACAAAGCUGUACUGGUGACAACAGCAGGACCCAACAGCAAACUCACGAUAUCAGGGACAUCCAGUGGAGCUUGCACAAGAACUUACAGAGAACUUUACACGAUAGGAGGCAAUGCAGCAGGAAGGCCCUGCAUGUUCCCUUUCUUUUACGAAAACCAGUGGUACUCAAGUUGCACUUCGACUGACGCCCAAAAUAACUGGUGCUCUGUUGAAACCAAAUACGAUCGUCAGAUAUGGGGCUUUUGCCCAUCAAGCGAUAAGGACAGCUGGAUCAAACAUCCAGUAAGUGGAGCAUUUUAUCAACUGAACACCAAUUCUGCUUUGACGUGGGCAGAGGCUGAAGCAAGCUGCAAGCAGCAGAGCGCCUCCUUGCUCACCAUCAAUGACCCCCAUGAGCAGGCUUACAUAACAGUGUUGCUUGAGCCAGAAGGAACCCGCCAAGGAUAUAAACUUUGGACCGGGCUGACUCUGGAUUCAGAACAUGGCUGGAAGUGGUCUAAUGGGGACCCUUUUCGUUACCUUAAUUGGGAUUCAGGACAACCAAUCACCCAUCCAGCAUAUACCUGUGGAAUGAUGGAUGGAACCGUAGGGUACGCAUGGCAAAAUUCAAUAUGCAGCAAGGAAUUUGGCUACAUCUGCUACAGUAAAGGAGUUCUGGCUUCUCCAACGGCAGUUCUUAACAUGGGAUAUUGUUCAGCACCAUGGGUUCCAUACAAUGGUCACUGCUUCCGACUUUAUCGAAAUGCCCAAAGCUGGUCUGGUGCUCAGCAGGCUUGUCGUAAAGACGGAGGCGAUCUUGCAAGCAUUCGCAAUAUGGAGGACCAUAGUUUUAUCACGUCAGAGCUUGGAUAUGCCUCCACUGAUGAGCUUUGGAUUGGACUCAAUGACAUUAAAACAGAAGGACUGUUUGACUGGUCUGACCACACCACAGUUACCUUCACUAGCUGGGAGGUUGGAAAACCACAAACUGCAACAAACCAAAACGAUUGUGUUCUUGUCAGAGGAGAGAACGAAAACUGGGCGGAUCGUGACUGUAAGGAGACCCAUGGCUUCAUUUGUAUGAAAACCAGUGCUUCUGAACCCAGUGGGGAUGAAAUACAACAGGAUACAGGUUGCAAAGUUGGUUGGAAAAGAUACGGAUCCUACUGUUACUUCAUCGGAACAGAAAGAAAGACAUUUGGAGACGCGAAAGAGGAAUGCAAGAGAUCAAAUUCUUACUUGGCAGAUGUUUCAAACAGGGUGGAUAAUGCCUUCCUAGUCAGCUUGGUGGGCCUCAGAUCCGAGAAACAUUUCUGGUUAGGGCUUUCAAACCAGAAGAACCAAGAUGUUUUUGAGUGGACCAGCACUGUGCCUGUGAGAUAUACUCACUGGAACAGGGAAAUGCCAGGGCGCAACCAGGGUUGUGUCGCAAUGACCACUGGUAGCACUGCGGGCCUCUGGGACGUUUUGCCGUGUACAAACAGAGAAAAGUACAUCUGCAAAUAUCAAGCAGAAGGGACAGCUUUGACACCUGCACCAACGACUGCUCCCUCUGACCUUUGUGCAGAUGGAUGGACCAAAAUCUCAUCAAGAUAUUUCUGCUUCAAGGUAUUUCCAGGGAGUUUAGAGACUAAGUCAUGGUUUGAGGCCAGGGACUACUGCAGAGCAAUCGGAGGAGACCUACUAAGCUUCCACAGCGCUGCUGAGUUGAAUUUGAAUAAGCAAUCAUCUAGCAAAUAUUCAAUACUCUGGAUUGGACUUAGUGCCAGUGACCAGGGCACUGGUUUUGAGUGGAGUGACGGAUCCCCAGUAAACUUUCAACACUGGAAAGAUGGAGAACCAAACAACAAAAACAAUGUUGAAUCUUGCAUUGAAUUCUUUUCAAGCGAUUGGGGUCUAUCAGGGUCUUGGAAUGAUAAACAGUGUGAAGCGCCUAAUGGCUGGGUUUGUCAGAUUCGUACAGGGUUGACUCCGAAGUCACCCCCACCUCCUCCAACUCCAGAUUACAACCGUACCGCUGAUGGGUGGCUGGAAUGGGGGGGAAAUCAAUACUUCAUUGAAACCCGGAAAAGGGCCAAUGACGAUGCUCGAAAAUCCUGCAGAGAGAAACAUGCUGACCUUGUGACCAUCAACAGCGAAGCAGAGCGUACUUUCCUGUGGAAACAGAUAUCCAAUCAUUCUGAUUCUUUCUGGAUUGGACUAACUGUGGAUCUUGACAAGUCAUUCCAAUGGAUGGAUGGUUCUCCAGUGAUUUAUCAAAUGUGGGAUGAAGGACAACCUAAUUUUAUUAAUUUUGAUGAAAACUGUGUUGUCAUGAAAACGUUCAAUGGGUUCUGGCAUGAUUACAACUGUGGAUUUGAAUUCGGCUCUAUUUGUAAGCGCAGUAGCUCACCUCCUGUCAAUGCCACGGUGGCUCCUACAGUCCCACCUCAAGGUAACUGCAAAGAAGGCUGGAAGAGGAUCAACUCCAAGUGUUACAAGAUCAUAUAUAGUAAAAAAGUAACAUGGUUCAAUGCAAGGCAACAAUGUCAAGAGAUGGGAGGAAACUUGGCCUCUAUUCCCUCAAGACAUGAGCAAGUUUUUUUAGUGUCUGAAAUGGCGAACACACCAAAUAGAAACCUGUGGAUUGGUAUUCAUAGCUCGUAUGGCAAUGGGUUUUACUGGACCGAUGGACGGCCAAAGUCUUAUGUCAAUUUUGAUAUUUCUGUAAGUUAACAUUGUAUGUUUGUGUUGUCAAUUUGAAAAUGUUAUUACUCAAACAAUUAAUUAAAUAUAACAUUUUGUGUUAUGUUUUAUUAGCGAAAUAGGCAUUCACCCUUUACACAUCGUUAUUAUUAUAGUAAUAUAAAAACAUUCAUCUUUCUUUGUACAAAAUCAGUAGUUUUACAAUUUGUCAGAAUCCUUUUGAUGAAGACGUAAGUAAUUCUUAGAUUAUUUACGUUUGAAUACACAAAAACCAUUCCUUUUGCUAGUGAAACAAGCUUCGCUCUGACCCACUGGCAGAAAAUUAUGUCCUAAUAGUGAGGGCUGGUCUACCAGGGACUGAAUAAAGAAAAUGUGACUGAAUAGAUAUGAUCUCUCCCUGUAAUUCUGAUCACAUCUCCCUCAGUUUUCCCCUGCGGGGAACAAAAAAUAUUCUCUGAUUCUGAGGUGUACAGAUUAUAAUAAUCUUAAAAUGUUGCUUUAUUUUGCAGUUGUAUAUUGCAUUUCGAAACGAGAAAAAAUGUGCUGUGAUCAACGGUAAUCCUUCAUAUGGACUUGGAAAAUGGAUACCUAAAUCCUGCAAUGACACCAAUGGAU